AUGCACCAUUAUUCCUAUAUUAUUUUUGAAGAAAAGAAACAAAGAUCGUAGCAAUUCUUGGUUUCUCUGUAGUUCUUUCAAUACCAUAAAAUAUACUCAAAAACAGUAUUUAAGUCUUUAUUUUUUCUCCCACUUUAAUAGUGA